UCCGGUUCCACAUAAAUAAAUAGCGACAAAAUGAUGUGGGGGAAGAGAGAUGUUGCUCGUUGUAGAGAAAGAACAAUGUUGAGGCAACUCUCCAGUCUUCAUCUUCAGCGCAUGGUUCAAGUCUGGGAAUUACAGGCAGGUUUUCUCUGGAUUUCUUACCCACUGAAGAAUGUUUUGUUCUAACGGCGCUCCUCCCGAACCUGCAGCAAGGACUACAAGACUUUUCUAACUGUUUCCAGCUACCUGCCACUGAUCUAAACAGCUAGAGGAGUCUUGGGCAGCCCAUGGAGUCCAACCCGGUGGUGGAUGGUCCAAUCCACAUUUGUGCUUGGCAAUAGUGAAGGAGGCAAAGAGAUAGAAACAUUGGCAGCUGAUCAGCUCCAUGGUUUUCUGACUUUACCGAGGCUGUGAUUUUUUGGCAUCUGAAAAAGAGGCACCUGCUGCUGAAAUCUUUGGAACUGUAGACAGCAAAACAAAUAGGAGAGGAAAAGAAAAUUCAUGCCAAUGACCCCGGAACAGUGCCCUCAUAGGAACAAUGUCCAGAGCACUGAAAAAACGCAAGUGUAUAAACUGGGGAUCUACGGCUGGCGGAAACGUUGCCUUUACUUCUUUGUCCUCCUCCUCAUGAUUCUCAUCGUGGUCAACCUUGCUCUCACCAUCUGGAUCCUCAAAGUUAUGAACUUCACUAUAGAUGGUAUGGGUCACCUACGUAUCACGGAGAGAGGCUUGAAACUGGAGGGUGAUUCAGAAUUCCUUCAGCCACUGUAUGCCAAAGAAAUCCAGUCCAGACCAGGGAGUCCAUUGUUUCUGCAAUCAUCUAAGAACGUGUCUGUCAACAUCCUCAAUGAGAAGAAGCAAUUAGUAUCUCAACUUGUUGCAGGCUCUCGUGGAGUUCACGCACGGGGCAAAAUGUUGGAGGUAAAGUCAAGUUCAGGGAAGCUGCUGUUCUCUGCUGAUGACCAUGAAGUGGUAGUCGGUGCAGAGAGAUUACGAGUUAUGGGAGCGGAGGGAGCAGUGUUCAGUAACUCCGUGGAGACACCACAAGUGAGGGCCGAGCCCUCUAAAGAGCUGCGACUCGAGUCUCCCACACGUUCACUGUACAUGGAGGCCCCUAAAGGUGUGAAAAUAGAAGCUGAUGCAGGUGAUUUCCAAGCAACCUGCAGGAGUGAUUUGCGGCUGGAGUCUAAAGAUGGAGAGAUCAGCUUGGAUGCCAAGAAAAUCAAGCUCCUACAUCUACCAGAGGGAAAAGCCUCCCCCUCUGGAAGCAGACAGACUGUCUACGAGGUGUGUGUUUGUCCCAAUGGAAAACUCUUCUUAUCACAAGCAGGAACUGGCUCCACUUGCCAGAUCAGCAACAAUAUAUGCCUCUAAAUACUUGCAAACUCACCUACUCACACACACACACACACACACACACACACACACACACACACACACACACACACACACAACACACACACAGUACACUUAAACACACAAAGGACCUGUUACUCUUGAAAAAUUCAACCUUUACAAGAACUUGACAAGGAUUUUCUCAAGAAUCGUGAAAACAGUGACAUUCGCUCUGAGAGAAAAACAAUAUCUGAAUCAGAAACUUUCGAGGUGAUCACCAGAACAUGAUGACAGUUGCCAUUCAGAUGCAUUUUCUCUUCCAGAAUUAUUAUUAUUAUUAUUGUUAUCAUUAAUAUUAUUACUGUCAUGCAGCCAUUUCACUGAAGAGAGUCCUGUGGAUGCUAAUCUUUAUAGCACCAUUUUUCACACCAAAAUAAAAAUUGUGUCAUUAUUAGCUCACCACCAUGAUGUUCCAAACCCAUUUUUAUUGUUUUCUUUUAAAACAUCUCUUUUUGUGUUCCAUGGAAGAAAGAAAUUCAUACAUGUUUGGAACAACAUGAGGGUGAGUAGAUUAUGAUAUAAUUUUCAUUUUUGUUUGAACUGUCUCUUAAAAAAAAUUAACUUUUCAUUCCUGAAGUCAGUACUAUUGUUAACAUGACAUUUGUAUUAUUAUUCUAUCCUGUUGAUGGACAUCUACAGCCAUCUUUCACAACACAAAACAAACUGAUGUUUCAACGGGACGCCUCCAUUUGAUGGUGAUCACCUGUACCCAAACUGCGCUUGCACUGGGCUUGAACCCAUGCAUCCACACUGUUCAAAAAGGAGAACAGUGCCUGUGCCUUAAUUCAAUGCACUUGUGACAUGAAGCACAUCCCACUGACUUAUUUACAAAAGGAGACUUACAUUAAUUUAGGUUACUUGCCUUGUGCUCCCCCGAAUUCUACUUUUUUAAUUGCGUGAAAAAUGGAGAGGAAAUUGUUGACACACAAUGACCCCAGCUGAAAAUUACUCACUUGUUAUGUUGCUGAUAAUGUAUUUAAUUUUGACUGGAGAAGAAAUUGACUGUGAUUUGAUUUCUUUUUUAAUUUAGUCUUUCUCUCAAGUUUUGGAUUGGCACAGAAUGAAGAUUAGUUGAGUUUGGGAGAAACAUUUUCAUUUUUGACUGAGUAUGUGUGAUUUUAAGUUUAAGUUUUAUUUUUUCUUUCUGUAUGAUUAAACACUUAAAUGGGAUACACAAACCAGAGACAAACAAACCAAAUAGCAAAACUGUCAUUCUGUCAUAUAUUUUUUAUUUGUUGUAAAUGUAAGAAUUGAAGUUCACAUUUCCCAAGAUUAAAUGAGGAAUUUGUUUGCCUUGAGUGACAAAUGCAACAUGAUUUUAUUAUACUAGUAAAUUAUAAAUGACACCAGUUUUUGAUCAUACCCGCUUAAAAUAUCUACACUGAUAAAUGUAUUUUUAAGGAAUAGUUCACCCAAAAAUGAAAAUGUUGUCAUCAUUUACUCACCAACAUGCAGUUCAAAUCCAGUAUUAUUUUAUUUGCUCUGUGAAACACAAAAGGAGGUCUAAUGCAGAAUCUCCAAACAGCUCUUUCAUACUAUGAAAGUGGAAAGUGACUUUAAAUGCCAUGUAAUAAAAAAAAAAGUUGAAUAAAUGUGGAAUAGCAAUUUCAUACUAGUGUCAUAAAAGCUGUCCAUAUGACUUAUGCAAUAUAUGUAUAUAUUAACAUGUAUAUUUCAACAUAUUCUCAUUAUUAUUCAUAGGUAUUGAAUAAUAAAGUGUAGUUCUAUCACACAUAAAAUGUGUGUUUGCUUGGACAUGGAUAUUUGCAAUAUCAUCAUAUUGACAACAUCUAGAAACAUAAAGUAUCAUCCUUUGAACAAUUUUGGAGAUGUACCAAUGUUUACUAACAUUUGUGACAACAUACACAAAUUUCACUUGUAUCCAGACAUGCAAAGGUCAUCAUGUGCAUGUGAACAUCGCAUAUAAAUAUCUACAAAUAGUAAAGAUCACCCUGCUAUACAGUUUUGUACAUCAUACAUUGCUUUGUGAUGAACAGACUCAAAUUUAAGGCAUUAAUCACAAAAAAUCUUACCGUCUGUCAAACCUGAAUAAAAGUCAAGUCAUUUUUAUUUCUAUAGUGCUUUUCAGAACACACAUAGUUUCAAAGCAUCUUUACAGAAAAUCAUGCAUUAAAAAAAAAUGAAACUGUAAUAUCUAUAAAGUCUUAGAGUGAUCACUGCGUAGUUUGAUUAAAUAUGAUUUCAAAUUGUGUAUACAAAUUAAUUAAUUAAUAAUAAAAGGCCCUGCGAUGGACUGGCGACCUGUCCAGGGUGUCCCCCGCCUUUCGCCCAAUGUUAGCUGGGAUAGGCUCCAUCCCCCCGUGACCCUGUACACAGGAUAAGCGGUUGACGAUGGAUGGAUGGAUGGAUAAUAAUUGUAUUUACAAAACUGAAAAUUAGUGACAAACUUUUUUUUUAUACGGGUGAACUAUUCCUUUAAGUCAUCAAGCAGUUUUUUAUUUUCUUUUACAGAAAUGUUAUUUUAAUAUUCUUGCUUCACCUCUGCAAAUAUCUAUAGAACUGUUUCUCAUUUCUUUGCCAGAAUUGAAAAAUUAAAAUUGAUACAUUGUUUUUUAUUUAGAUCUCAACUGAUCAUAAUGUCCCAGUGAAUUCUCCUGCUAAAUUACAGUGGUUUCACACCCCAGCUGUUAAAAUCCCUGUGACAUACCAAAAAGAGAGAAAAGAUUUAUGUAAUUGUCACUGUACCUCAUUAGCACUGUACCCACUAAAUUUGAAGUGAUGAGGAGUGACAGCUGUGAUCAUUGCAUUUAAAAGCUGAAGCCCUUAGCAAUUGUUGACACCCUAUUAACAUCCUAAAUGCUAUGGGUAGUGAAAGCAGACAGAAACACUGGGAAAUCUGUAGGGAACGACACAGCAUCACAGAAUGACUUAAUCAUAAUCAUUCUCUUUUGAAUUUUCAGGAGAAUUUGAAAUGUGAUAGUGUCCUGUGUGUGAAGGGAUUGAUUGCUAUUGUUGGAACUCUUGCAUGAGACAGAAAAGAUGGAAGCCAGUGACAGAAAUGAAAAAAACAUUUUUUUUUUCUUGUUUGAGCAAAAAAUAUCAUUUGAACUAGUUUCGCAUUUCAUCCUACUGUCACAUUUAAUUUUUUCUUUUAAACAAAUCUGUAAUUUGUAUACAGUACCUCCCUGUUUUAAACGACUCAACUAAAAGCAAGACUUUAGGAUGAAACUUCUGUUGUUUGAUGUGUGCAAUAUCUUGUUUGAUGAAUUAAAUAUUUGUGCUAAAUAAAAGUUUUCUCUACAACCAU